GCGGCCGAGGGCGGCGCCGCCGCCUGCACCGAGCAGCUGGAGAUGCUAGGGAUGCUGCUGGCCAGCCCGUGUCCGAGCUCGUCGAUCGCGCAGGCGCCCGACCACCUGCAGCUGCCGCUGCCGCGUGACGGCUUCAUGUGCGACCAGUGCGGAGACCGAUUCGUGCUGCCGUCGAGCCUGGAGCAGCACCACGGGCGACGCUCGCUGCGCGUCACACUCAGCUGUCCGGAGUGCCGCCAGCCGGUGGUGUUCGCCAACAAGUGCCAGCUGCUCGAGCACUUGGACUCGCACAAGAUCGACCCGGUGUCGCUGGACCCGUCGCUGAUUGACGCCGCCGCUCUGAGCUCGGCCGAGCUCGGCUGUCUGCCGGAGCCGGCGCGCACCGAGCCGCUACCGGCCAAGCCCGCCGCCACCGCCGGCGCCGCCGCCGCUGCAGCCAAGCAGAGCGUCAAGCCGCGGGUCAACAAGGUCAACAGGCCCGUACACGUCAGCUGCCCGAUGUGCAACGUGCUGUGCUCGACGGUGACACUUUCGGAGCACCUGUGUCCGCCGCCGGAGCCGGAGGCGACGCCGCUGGCGGGGCCGCCGCCGCGCUGUCCCGACUGCGACCAGCCGUGUCCGAGUCAGUGCGCGCUGAUGGCGCACCAGGGCCUGCACAAGCCCGACCUCUGGCCGUACCCGUACGUGUGCCCCGAGUGUGGCCUCAAGCUGCUCGGCACGCUGGACCAGUGCCUGCGCCACGUGGUGGCCGGCUGCCUGCACCUGACGCGCGAUCUCAAGGCCUGCUGCGCCCUCUGCCGCAUGGAGGUGGCCGACGCUAAGGCGCAUAUGCUGCAGGAGCACGUGCAGAAGCUGUACAAGUGCCGCCGGUGCCCGCUCGCCUUUGAGUCGACACACGGCUUCAAUGGCCACCUGGUGGACAAGCACGGCGGCGUGGUUGUCGCCGGCGAGACGCCCUUCAUGCUCAUCCUCAAGUGCCCGUUCUGCGCGGCCACCUUCAACAACGCCAACGCGCUGCGCGACCACAUGGGCUCGCGUAAGCACGGCGACCGCGCGCUGCAGCAGGUCAGCUUCGUGUUCCGCUGCCCGGAGUGUGACAGUGACUUCACGCGCAAGCAGGAGCUGGUCGGCCACCUGGCGGAGCUCCACCCCGCCUUCAAGCUGCUGAGCAUGGUGGUGCCGCCGCGUCCGCCCGUCACGCACACCUGUGCCGUCUGCAAGGAGGAAUUCCGCCGUAAGCCCGAGUACACCGAGCAUGGGCGGGUGCAUCUGCGUGAUGGCGUGCCUCUGUGCCUGCUGUGCAACACGCGCUUCGCCUCGAACGAGAUGCUGAAGAACCACCUGGCCGACCACGCGUCCGAGAUUGGGCGCGAUCGCUGCGGUCUCUGCUACGCCAAACUGGGCAGCCGCGAUACGCUGCAGUUUCACCUGGAGGGCGAGCACGGGCUGCGGUGCUUCACGUGCGCACGCUGCGACCUGCAGUUCGACCGGCUGAUCGACCUGAACCGGCACAACUUCCCGCCGCCGGCCGCUGGCGCCGAGACGCUGGAGCAGAUCGCCAGCUUCGUGGCGGGCGGCGGCCGCGGCGCCCAGUUCGAGGUCGAGGAGGAGCCGGAAGAGGGCGAAGAGGUGAUCGAGCUGGAGAUGAAGGAGGGCGAGAUCACGCAGAAGCGGGAGGCGGUGGAGGAGGCGGCGCAGGUGACCGAGUAUAUCAUGCCGGACCUUGACGGCUUCGGCGUGCCCGAGGCGCAGGAUUGA